AUGAGUAAGAGAACGGGAACGUGGCUAUGGUCGCUCAGGAAGGACGCGGUCAUUAGCGAGCUAGCAAAAUAUCAGGUGGCAAUCGAGCCAAAGGCGACGUUGCCGGAGUUAAGAUUCUUACUAAGAACCGAACUUAAUAAAUCACGAGCGGUGAAUGCGGGGCGCGCCGGUCGAUAUGACCAACUGUUGAUCGACCUCGACCAAUCUAAGGCCGAAUUAGACAACCUGGACAUCCUGCCCGAGGAGACAGAGGAUGAUGACCCCGAGAAUGAUGACGAGCACCUCUCAGACGAGGACCCAGAGGGCGAUAAUGCGUUACCCAAGGUCCAGACUGCCAGACAACGACGGGCCCACGAGAAAAGUUUGCGAGCGGAGAUCGAAGCGGAAGAACGGGAGCGGAUCGAGGCGGAGGAAAAGGAGCAGGUUGAGAAGGAGAGGUUAGAACGGGAGGAACGCGAACGGUUAGCACGCGAAGCUAGGGAGAAGGCUGAAAAGAAAGAAGAAAAGAGAGAGCAGGAAAGGGUAGCUCGCGAGGCCGCAGAACAAGCCGACCGGGAGCUACGCGAACGAUUGCGCCAGGAAAUACGGGUUCGACUCUUGCGGGAAAAUAAGGAACAACGAGCUUACGAACUUCAGCUCGACGCGAGGGAAGCACGGAUGAAGUACGCAGCCGAUCAGCGAAAAAAGGCGGAGCGAGAGGCCCGCAUAAACGCCCACGGCAAUAAUCGUGAUCGCUUUUUGAGCUUGGAGAAUGAGCGGUGA